GUUGUUGAAAUGAAGGUUCCUGAGGAGGAAUUAAUGAGUGACAUUUUGAAGCGGUUGACGGGCGAGUCUGCGCUGCCUGUUUACAAUAACAUUGAGAAGUUCAGACGAGGGAAGGACGGCUUAUAUUUCGUCAAUGAAGACUUCAAUGAAACUGUGAAAAAAAGAGAGCUGGUUAACGCCAAGGAACGGCUGAGAAUCAGGAACUUGAACACCAUGUUUUCCCGCUUGAAACGCAUGGUACCACUGAUGCGACCAGAUCGGAAGCCCAGUAAAGUGGACACCCUUAAAGCUGCAACGGAAUAUAUUCGAUUGCUUGUUGCAGUUUUGCAAGAUGCUGACCAUGAUGAUGGCAACCAGACUGAUUUUCUAAAGAAUGCAAUCACUUAUGGUCAGACUGAAGGCUUUGGCAGUGACCUAUGGAGAGUGGAUGAUUUUCUGAACAUGUCAGAGGAGCGCAUGGAUGAUGGAUUCACCAUGCCACCAGAUUCAGGAUCAGAGGAUGGAGAUAUGACCAGAUUGGUGUUGCAACACUGCAUGAUGCCUGCAUACCAGUUCAUCAUCCAAGUAGCUCCUGAUCAGAAUUCGGUAACUCAUUUAACUUGUUUACAUGAAAAAGUUUGA